GCCUCUUUUGUACGUAUUCACAUGGACUGUUCGUCCACGGCGCGUGAGAAUCGUGAAGGGAAUAAGGGUGCCUGCUCCUGCUUAGCGCCGACCAAAGUCAGAAACCGGAUCGGUGUAGGGACCAGCGAAGAUUUGCAAUCACCGCCAGUCCAGCCUCCGAACUGGUGCAGAAUACUCUUUUUCCAACCAACCCAUUUGGAAUGGAAGAAAAAGAGCGGCUGGGUCGCGGUCAAGCGCGCACAGGGUCUACCGAAAGGUAGACCUAAAGUUGAACCCAUUGCACGGUUAUCGUGGCGCUUGAGGGAUCCCUCCUCUCCCCACAGCAACGUCGUAUACUUUCGAAACCAUGAAAACUCACCUUACUGUCUCCUUGACGCGAAGAAGAGCGCGCAACCCACGAGUCGGGGCCGGCAGCAAGUGCCAAGUCAGGUCAACCCGCAGACGAAGGUUGUGGUGGAGAACGGUGUUGCGAAUGUGGUGAUGGCACCACAUUGGUGUGAAUGGGAGGAAAGGGAACGCGCGUUGAAGGCGUCCUUAAAUAGCCGGAAGAAAAUUUAG